GCACGUUUAGUGACGUCUUUCCGGUUAACGCAGCGCUCGAGGAACACGUGUGCAGUGUGUAACAACAGAACUCGGACUUUAGGACUCGUACCCGCAACUUUCUGUUUUCCCAGGUACCGCAGCAUCCACCCGCCGCUCCACCAUGGUGAAGCCGCGCUUCAAGGGGCGCAGCUCCAUCAACACCUCCACCUCCAGCUCCAACCCUGACCGGCCCAAGGAGGCGGGGGCCACCAGCCUCCGAGACCGCUCCACCAUCAAGAGGCUGAACAUGUACCGGCAGAAGCAGCGAUGCGACAACAGAGGGAAGGUGAUCCGGAACCUGUCGUUCCAGUCCUCCGUGACCCCCGGGACUGUAGCCCGCGUGGAGCCCAACAUCAAGUGGUUCGCCAACACGCGGGUCAUCAAGCAGUCGUCCCUGCAGAAGUUCCAGGAGGAGAUGGGGCGCGUGCAGAAGGACCCGUACAGAGUGAUCAUGAGGAGGAGCAAGCUGCCCAUGUCCCUUCUCCACGACCGCAUCAAGGCCCACAACUCCAAGGUGCACAUCCUUGACACCGAGGGCUUCCAGACAACCUUCGGCCCGCGGGCCCAGAGGAAGAGGCCCAGCCUGCUGGUGGAGGACGUCAAGGACCUGGUGGUGCGGGCGGAGGCCUCCGUCCUCUCCUACAGCGCCGACAAGGACCGCGACCUGGUCACCGAGGAUUCAGGGGUCCGGGAGGAGGUGCGCGAAGAGAUCUUCAAGAAGGGCCAGUCCAAGAGGAUCUGGGGAGAGCUGUACAAGGUGAUUGACUCGUCCGACGUGGUGAUCCAGGUCCUGGACGCCCGGGACCCAAUGGGCACGCGCUCCCAGAGUAUCGAGACGUACAUGAAGAAGGAGAAGCCAUGGAAACACCUCAUCUUCGUCCUCAACAAGUGUGACCUCAUCCCAACCUGGGUCACGAAACGCUGGGUGGCCAUUCUCUCUGCCAUUAACCCCACCCUGGCCUUCCACGCCAGCCUCACCAACUCCUUUGGCAAAGGCUGCCUCAUUCAGCUGCUCCGGCAGUUCGGCAAGCUCCACACUGAUAAGAAGCAGAUCAGCGUUGGGUUCAUCGGCUACCCCAACGUGGGGAAGAGCUCCGUCAUCAACACCCUGAGGUCCAAGAAGGUCUGCAACGUGGCGCCCAUCGCCGGGGAGACCAAGGUGUGGCAGUACAUCACUCUGAUGCGCCGUAUCUUCCUCAUCGACUGCCCGGGCGUGGUGUACCCGUCUGAGGACAGCGAGUCAGACAUCGUCCUGAAGGGAGUGGUCCAAGUGGAGAAGAUCAAGCACCCAGAGGAGCACAUCCCGGCCGUCCUGGAGCGGGCCAAGCCCGAGUACAUCCAGAAGACCUACCGCAUCCCCACCUGGAGCUCCCCAGAGGACUUCCUGGAGAAACUGGCCUUCCGCACCGGGAAGCUGCACAAGGGCGGAGAACCAGACAUUGUCACGGUCUCUAAGAUGGUGCUCAACGAUUGGCAGAGGGGACGCAUCCCGUUCUUCGUGAAACCGCCAGGACCCGAUAACGACCCGGAGGGCAAGGAGAAGGAGGCCGCUGCACCUGGGGCUGAGGUGCAGGUGCAGGAGGAGCAGCAGCAGCAGCAGCAGGAGGAGGAGCAGCAGGAGGGGGAGGAGGAGGUGGCGGCCAUGCCCGCAGAGCAGGAGGCCCAGGAGAGAUGUAAGGAGAAGCAGAAGGAGCAGGUCCAGAAGAUUCUGGCCGGCGUGCGUCAGAACUUUGGGAAGAUCUCGGUGGCGCCGGAGUUCAACGACGAGGACCUGGACCCCGUGGAGAUGGCCGACCUCGACCCCUCCGACUUCUCCGACGUGGAGGAGGAGGAUGAGGAGGAUGCUGGAGAGGAGGAGAAGGAGGAGGAGCAGCAGGAGGAGCAGGCUGCAGCAGGGGGACAGGUGGGGCGGCCCAGCACCGCGGCAGCAGGGGUGACCAAAGGCCCCAGCAACACGAUCCGUCAGCUGGACGAGAAGAUCGCAAAAUACAAGCAGUUCCUGGACCGCGCCAAGUCCAAACGCUUCUCUGCCAUCCGGAUUCCAAAGGGGCUGUCAAGCAAAGUGUUAGCAGACGACAAACCCAAACAAGAUGAGAAGCAAGCCCAUAUUAAAGCUGUGAUCGAGAGGUCAAAGAAGAGGAGGGCGGGGGAGGAGGAAACCCCGGCCGCGGCCAAGAUGACCUCCAAACAGAGACGCGCAGCCGAGCGGGCGAGCAAGCUGAAGGUGGGCGCGCGUUACUACGAGACGCACAACGUCAAGAACAAGAACCGGGACAAGAAGAUGCCCGUGUUGGAGGGGAAGAAGGGCAAGAAGGCAAAGCGCUAGAGGAACGCUGUGGACACUAACAGGCCUUCACACAGCCUGCUGGCGGACUGACAGGGAGGUUCUAAGAGGAGCUCUCAUUGGUGGAGGGAUGGGGGCGUGGCUCUCUGAGCCUUUUGUUUAAUGGGUUCCCUGAGUGCACACUUAAUGUGUGGAGCUGAAAUGUGUCCUCCAUCAAGUGGACUGAUGGAGGACACAUUUCAGCUCAGUGGAGUGUGCACUCCAGAGCCUUCUGUUGGAGCCUCAGGGGGCAGAUAAGGACUCAUUAUCCACCUCUAGACACAUGUCUGACCCACGCGCCCGCUGGCAUCUCAACAACCUUUCAAGUCUCAGAGAAAACGAUAACUUGUGUUGUAAAAAGAUGAUAAAAAGAUAUUUACACCCAGAGACCCACAAUGUGUUGAAUGUUUUUUAUAAAUCUGCGUCCAGGCCUUAAAUGAGGUCAGGUGUCUUGUGUCGGAGGAUCUCAUUUCUUUGGAGUGAUGGUUACUUCCAGCUGGGCCUGCAAUGAGAACAUUCUUUAAAUGCUAACGUGGAAAAAAUUAAUAAAAAAACCUGUCAUUUCAAUGUAAACUACAUUACUCUUUCAAAUAAAAAGCUAUUUUAAAUAAA